AUGACUACUCCAGUGCAACAGAACCGCAGUACCAGACUUCAUUGGAGGCCACCACCAUCGGAGCUUUUCAAAAUUAAUUUUGAUGGUGCUGUCUUCACACAUGAAAAGAAGUCUGGCAUUGGAGUCGUUAUAAGAGAUCACCAGGGUUCUAUUAUUGCUUCAUGCUCAAAACCGGUUCACCAGGAGCUAGGCAGUGAGGAUGUUGAGGCAACGGCUGCGGCAUGGGCUCUGUUUUUUGCUUUGGAAGUGGGGGUGAAAAGGGCAGUACUAGAGGGUGACUCUUUGUCUGUUAUCAAAGGGUUAAUGGAGAAAGAAAGGCUGCUAACACCAAUGGGAUUGCUCAUUGAGGAGGACAAACAGUUAUCUCAACAUUUUGAAGAAUUACAUUACUCUCAUGUUAAGAGAGAUUGUAACGUUUUAGCUCAUAAUCUGGCUAGACAUGCCGCUGGCAUUCCAGAUUUGUUAGUUUGGAUGGAGGAUAUUCCUUCACAUUUUCAUGAUGUACUUCAAGCCGAUUUAUUAGGCUUAUCUGAAUAA